AUGUCGUACACCCUUCCCUGUAUUCAAGUUGAUCAGAAGAAGCAGCUUUUAAUGGUGAACGAAGUUUGGUCUCCACUUGAAGAGCCAAUUGUCUGCGUCCCAUGUGACUAUAAGAUGGUUGAAACCAAGAAAUCUCUCAGAGCCGGCCACGUUAUGAUCACACGCGGCGCUGUUUACUUCUUCAAAUCCAAAUUCAUGAAUCCAGUUGUUUUCGACAGAAAGGUUCACAUUCUUGAUUUCAGAGGAAUGAGAGUGUCAACAGAUAAUAUCAUUAUUGAAUUCGACCAUUUCAAUGGCGAAAUCAGCUCAAAGUAUGCCAUUCAAAUCUACAUGGCCAUCAUGACAGUCCUUAAGGAACUUACCUUCGGUGUUUCAACAUACAAGCCAUUUGAAGUUCAUGGAGACUUUGCUUUACCACAAAUCGUUGUCAGCAAACGUAUUCCACAGGCUAUUCGCUGGCGUGCACUUUUCUUGGCCCACUUCUACGAUAUCAGAGGUAAUCAGUUAGAUACAAUGACAUACUUCGAUAAGUGGGAGAACAAGAAGGCCAAACGUCUUGUCCUUGGCCCGUCCUUCCACCCAGGUAAUUUCGGCGCCGCUUUCGGCCACGCAAUCGGCUGGGAAACGAUGAUUGAUACAGUUUGCUUCCAGACACUUGCCCCAACACAAUUCGCUAGAAUGAUCUUAUCCAUUCUCGAAACAGCAAGCACAAUUGAUAGAAUCGCCUUCUCCGACUACAAUAAUGAAGAUCAUCUUCCUCAAUUCCCAACAAACACAAUUGCUGCUACUACAAUCAACCAGUGGUGGAUUCUCCGUUCAUCCUUCGCCAUGGUUCGCAAAUUCAUUGAGUUCUCCAAGUUUAUGCAAGUUCCAGUCAAAGAAUUCAUUCUUGCAACCUCCAAACUCACAAAAGAGAACGUCACUGAGCUUUCCAACCUCAUCGACGUCACCCAAUCCAUCCAGCAGCUCGAAACUUUCCAGUUAAUCAGAUGCCAGAUGAAACCAUUCCCAUUCCAGCCAUUUAUGUCAAUGAUUAACAAGCUCCAGAACCUCCAGAACCUCAUUAUCUGCGGCAUUGACGUCAACGGCGCAGAACUCCUUACAGCUCUUUGCAAAGCAAAUGCAACAAUCCGUAAUCUCCAUAUUACACACAUGCAGUUCCGCAACAACCUUCCAGACGAUCUUACAUUACCAGAAAAGCUUAUUGGCCUUUCUAUUUCCACAAAUAUCAUGUCGCCAGGCUCAUUCUCCACCAUUUUGUCGCUUAUCCUUACAAAGAAGAGACAAUAUCCACUUUCUCUUCAGAUGCACAACCUCCAGAUCAAGGAGAAUGCUUACAAGGCCCUCGAAUCGAUAAAUCCACAAUCGUGUCUUCCAAACAUCUUCGAACUCGACUGGUCCGGCAACAGGAUGCCCGUUGAAGAGUCCAGAUACUUCUUCCAGCUCCUCGCCACCCAGACAAACCUGAAAUUACUCAGAUUCGAAGACAUGACGCCAUCAGAUCCAGUCCAAUUCCUCAGAGACACAUCCACACUUACGAACUUGUUGCACAUCCCAGGUCUCGAUCUUUCUGGCAACUGGGACACAACAUUGUUCACACAGUACAUCAAUUCUCUUUCAUCAAUGACAUGGUUGAGAAGAUUGGCAAUAAAGAACUCAAACAUUGGCGACAAUGGCGCAACAGUUCUUGCAGGAGUUCUCAAACAGUUGACACAGCUCAACGACCUUUGCAUCGAUGGAAUGAACUUGAGUGGUCUUGACAGAACAUUCCAGUUCUGGCAGGGAAUUCUCGACAACAUUCCAAACAUCGUUGCAUUGGAUUUGCCGAAGAAAGAGAUCUCUAACGCUGGAUUGACACCUGAUGACAUCCUAGAGACACAGAUGAAGAUCUACGACAGAAUCAAGAGAGAGAAACUGAAACCAUCAAUCUCUGACCAGAGACUUCACUUUGUAAUCAACACAAUUGACAGAGUCGCAAACAUGGAAAAGAAUGGAGAAGACGCUUCUGGACUCAGAGAUAUGUUCAUGACGCCUGAGUUCUUCAUCCACGCUUCCAAGUUCAUGUACUCUAAUAAGCACGCUGAAGAACAGGCUGAAGCUGAAGGUGAAGAAAUUACUGAGUAA